CGAAAAGAAUCUUACUCACUUAAACAUGCAAAAAGGUUUCGAUAGGAAUGGCAUAAAAGAAGAGUUUUUUUCAAAGUUGUUGUAAUGGGUAUUGACGUAAAAAUUGGUUAAGGCUUUGAGUGAAAAUGAAUUUCUACAAACGUUUAUUGUCAAACCCGAGCAGAAUGAGGACCUUGAGGUGGGCUGGACAUGUGUUCAGACGUCCACAAGAUCCCCCAGUGCUUAAUGUGACUGUUGCAGUCUUUAUAGAUUGCAAGACAUCUAGAGGAAGACCAAAGAAUACCUGAAUUGGAUGU